CUGCCGCCAACCCUCUCCUUCUCAACCGGGCUACCACAUAUGCCUCUCCCCAACUCCCUUUCUCGAACCAUCACUCACCGAUGAGCCGCCACACUGCACGCCCCUCAGUCAUCGGUGUCAACUUCCAGGCCUCCCCUACAGCCACAAAACCGCCACUCUCCCUCCCCCCACUGUGUGCCUCUCGCUCCUCCAUCGCACUGCACUCCUCUCCUCCUUCGUCGAUUUCAAGAUCUGAGAGGUCGUCAUCAUGCAAAGGCAUAGCAAACUAUGUGUCUCCACAUCCACCCCUAUGUCCGGACUCCAAGAUUGGACAGACCUCCCAAAGGAUCUGUUACAAUCAAUUUUCUCUCGCUUAGGCUCAAUCCAUGACCUUCUUGCCUUUGUUGCAACCUGCCGUUCUUGGCGGGUUGCAUUAACUUCAUACUCAUCCAAAUCCACCUUAUGCACUUUAUUCCCGCCUCUGCUCAUCCAGCCCAAUAUUCGUGUCCAUGUUCCUCGUCCUCCAUGUAACAAUGGUCAUCGCAACUUACAGGCAUAUAAAGUUAUCGAUCCAGCCAAGCAAAGUGCCAUUGGCCUUCACUGCCAUAUUGAUGAAGAAAUUUUGCAGACGAUGCGUUGUGCUGGCCCUUCAUAUGGUCAACUCAUCUUCUACAACCAUGGACAUUGCGUUGUUGUUGAUCCUUUUAGAGGUACCAAGGUUUCACCUCCACGUCUCCCAUUACGUGAUGAGUAUAGGAAGCUCAACUGGUCUGAUAUUCCAUUCAAACAAAAAAUAAUGGAGCUCCAACAACUAGUUACAGAGUCUUACUGCAGUGCCAUUCUAACAGCUCCUCUUGCAUCACCAAACUCGCAUAUGCUUGUUAGCACUGGCCCCUCCUUAUUUAGUUGGUCGGUUGGAAGUGAUACUUGGUCUGAACUCCAGUGUUCUGAUGUACAAAUAAUUCAGAUUGUGGAAUUCAACGGCCAAUUCAUUGCCAUGGAUCUUCGUCAACAGAUAUACACUUUGGAGAUGGCCCCCAAGCUUAGACUGCAGGAGAUAACCACUAACUGCCCCCCUGACUUGACCAAGAGUUGCCAAGACCCGUCUAGAAUAUCAUGGCUAGUGGUCUGCGGUGACAUGCUUCUGAUGUUGGUCCAUUCUUGCACGAGUAUUCAGUACAAUGCCAGUGUGUCAUUUAUCCGCACGGUCCAUUACCUUGACAUGUCAACCAAGCCUGCAAAAUGGGUGGAUAUGGAAAAGCUGGACAACUGGGCCAUCUUCACGGGGAGUGAUAUCAGGAGUACAUCAUUUUCUUGCAUGAACCCAGAACAUUGGGGAGGAAGGAGCAAAUGUCUAUAUGUUGCUCGUUCCCCUAAACCUUGGAGUGAAUAUGGGUUAGGAAAUGAGCCAGAUCCAUCUGUUGAUCCCACCCAUCAGCACUUCAGGAUCUGGUGCCACCUGAUGCAACCCCUUUGGGUGUACCCGAGCAUGCUCUAUUCAGAUGGCCCUUGAUCGUCACGUGUACCUACAACUUGCUGGUCUAACUAUAUAUGCUCAAGCUUAUUGGGAAAUUUCCUCUUCUGCAUCUCGGGUAUGAGUUUGGAGAUGUUCAUGGUGACAUUAGCACUCGGAAUUCAACCUUUGCCUUAUAUUUUGGUGCCCCGGUUUCUAAUACUUUGUAAGAGAUGUUUAUGGUGGUUGUGUUACUGCUUAAGCUGAACCUCCUAGCCUUCUAUAGUUUUUUUUGUGAUGUUUAAUGUUGCACUGGAUAGAUGUGUGAUACUUUUAACUAUUUGUUGCUUCAUUUUCUACUGUCGAGCUUUAA